AUGUCCCUACCGGAACAUCAGAUCAUGGCCAUACCGUCCCCUGGGGAAUUUCUCAAGGGCGUCUGGACUGGUACAAUACGAUUCAGAACGUCCAAACACCCUAACAUCAACCAAUGUGUCUUGACUUCUCCCGAUCAGUUCCUUGCGGAUAGUAAGAAGAUGCUCACACGCGCAGAAGGAGCCCGAGGGUUUGCUAGGAGGCUCUUUGGAAAGUCUUGA